GAGUACAUUGUCGAGAUGGAUGCUUGCUUCUCGCAAAAGCGGCGCAAAGCUCCGCGGGAUCCUGAGAAUGUGCAUCCGGACACGGUCUGGCUUUCGGAGGCUAAGGUCAAGACCAUGGAAGAGGAAGUAUUGCGCCGGCGUACGCAGCGGUCAAGGGCACCCCCCCAAGGCGCUCCUGGUCCCGACAAAGAUGGUUUUGAGGGGUCGCUGAAGGUUCCGAAGUCUGCUCUCGAUGAGUGCAAAAACACCUUUACAGCUGCUGACGAGAAGCGGCAGAAAGCAAGCACCCAGCUCUUUGACGAUACCGGAAUCAUGGCGCUCAACUGCCGC